AUGGAUGUGAAAGAACGUAGGCCUUACUGCUCGCUGACCAAGAGCAGACGAGAAAAAGAACGGCGUUAUACAAAUUCCUCAGCAGACAAUGAGGAGUGUAGGGUCCCCACGCAGAAGUCGUACAGUUCCAGUGAAACCUUGAAAGCUUUUGAUCAUGAUUCUUCACGGCUGCUUUACGGAAACAGAGUAAAGGAUUUGGUUCACAGAGAAGCAGACGAAUACAGCAGACAAGGACAGAAUUUUACCCUAAGGCAGUUAGGAGUUUGUGAACCAGCAACUCGAAGAGGACUUGUGUUUUGUGCGGAAAUGGGGCUCCCCCACAGAGGUUACUCUAUCAGUGCAGGGUCAGAUGCUGAUACUGAAAAUGAAGCAGUGAUGUCCCCAGAGCAUGCCAUGAGACUUUGGGGCAGGGGGGUCAAAUCAGGCCGCAGCUCCUGCCUGUCAAGCCGGUCCAACUCAGCCCUCACCCUGACAGAUACGGAGCACGAAAACAAGUCAGACAGUGAGAAUGAGCAACCUGCAAACAACCAAGGCCAGCCCACCCUUCCGCCUCUGCCACCACCCCAUAAGCAGCACCCCGCACAGCACCAUCCGUCCAUCACUUCUCUCAACAGAAACUCCCUGACCAAUAGAAGGAACCAGAGUCCGGCCCCGCCGGCUGCUUUGCCCGCCGAGCUGCAAACCACACCCGAGUCCGUCCAGCUGCAGGACAGCUGGGUCCUUGGCAGUAAUGUACCACUGGAAAGCAGGCAUUUCCUAUUCAAAACAGGAACAGGGACAACGCCACUGUUCAGCACUGCAACCCCAGGAUACACAAUGGCAUCUGGCUCUGUUUAUUCGCCGCCUACUCGGCCACUACCUAGAAACACCCUGUCAAGAAGUGCUUUUAAAUUCAAGAAGUCUUCAAAGUACUGUAGCUGGAAAUGCACCGCCCUGUGUGCUGUAGGGGUCUCCGUGCUCCUGGCAAUCCUCCUAUCAUAUUUUAUAGCGAUGCAUCUCUUUGGCCUCAACUGGCAGCUGCAGCAGCCCGAAAACGACACAUUUGAGAACGGAAAAGUGAAUUCGGAGGCAGCACCAACAAACACUGUGUCAUUACCUUCUGGCGACAAUGGAAAAUUAGGUGGAUUUACACAAGAAAAUAACACCAUAGAUUCUGGAGAACUUGAUAUUGGCCGAAGGGCAAUUCAAGAGGUUCCUCCUGGGAUUUUCUGGAGAUCACAGCUCUUUAUUGAUCAGCCACAGUUUCUGAAAUUCAAUAUCUCUCUUCAGAAGGAUGCAUUGAUUGGAGUAUAUGGCCGAAAAGGCUUACCACCUUCCCAUACUCAGUAUGACUUUGUUGAGCUCCUGGACGGCAGCAGAUUGAUUGCAAGAGAGCAGCGGAACCUGCUUGAGCCCGAAAGAGCAGGGAGACAGGCGAGAUCCGUCAGUCUGCACGAGGCUGGCUUUAUCCAGUACUUGGAUUCUGGAAUCUGGCAUCUGGCUUUUUACAAUGAUGGGAAAAAUACGGAGCAGGUGUCUUUUAAUACCAUCGUCAUAGAGUCUGUGGUGGAAUGCCCUCGCAAUUGCCAUGGAAAUGGAGAGUGCGUUUCUGGAACUUGCCAUUGUUUUCCAGGAUUUUUAGGUCCGGAUUGUUCAAGAGCAGCCUGUCCGGUGUUGUGCAGCGGCAAUGGACAGUACUCCAAAGGCCGCUGCCUCUGUUUCAGCGGCUGGAAGGGCACCGAGUGCGAUGUGCCCACUACGCAGUGCAUUGACCCUCAGUGCGGGGGGCGUGGGAUUUGCAUCAUGGGCUCUUGUGCCUGCAACUCAGGAUACAAAGGAGAGAAUUGCGAAGAAGCUGACUGUCUAGACCCUGGAUGUUCCAAUCACGGUGUGUGUAUCCAUGGGGAAUGUCACUGCAAUCCAGGAUGGGGUGGUAACAAUUGUGAAAUACUGAAGACCAUGUGUCCAGACCAGUGCUCUGGUCAUGGGACGUAUCUUCAAGAAAGUGGCUCCUGCACCUGUGACCCUAAUUGGACUGGCCCAGACUGCUCAAAUGAAAUCUGUUCCGUGGACUGCGGCUCGCACGGGGUGUGCAUGGGGGGCACCUGUCGCUGUGAAGAGGGCUGGACGGGCGCAGCCUGCAGUCAAAGAGCCUGCCACCCGCGCUGCGCCGAGCACGGCACGUGCAAGGAUGGCAAGUGCGAAUGCAGCCAGGGCUGGAACGGCGAGCACUGCACCAUCGAGGGUUGUCCUGGUCUGUGCAACAGUAAUGGGAGAUGCACGCUGGACCAAAACGGCUGGCAUUGUGUCUGCCAGCCAGGGUGGAGAGGAGCGGGAUGUGAUGUGGCCAUGGAGACUCUCUGCACAGACAGUAAGGACAACGAAGGAGAUGGGCUCGUUGACUGUAUGGAUCCUGAUUGCUGUUUACAGAGUUCCUGCCAAAACCAGGCUUACUGCCAUGGACUGCCUGACCCUCAGGAUGUCAUCAGCCAAAGCUUACAGUCCCCCCCGCAGCAGGCCGCCAAGUCCUUCUAUGAUCGAAUCAGCUUUCUCAUAGGGUCUGACAGCACCCAUGUCCUACCUGGAGAAAGUCCUUUCAAUAAGAGCCUUGCAUCCGUCAUCAGAGGCCAAGUACUAACUGCUGAUGGAACUCCUCUCAUUGGAGUAAAUGUCUCGUUUUUCCAUUACCCAGAAUAUGGAUAUACUAUUACCCGCCAGGAUGGAAUGUUUGACCUGGUGGCAAAUGGAGGGGCUUCCCUGACUUUGGUGUUUGAACGAUCCCCAUUCCUCACUCAGUAUCAUACGGUGUGGAUUCCGUGGAAUGUCUUUUAUGUGAUGGAUACCCUAGUCAUGAAGAAGGAAGAGAAUGACAUUCCCAGCUGUGAUCUGAGUGGAUUUGUGAGGCCAAAUCCUAUCAUCGUGUCCUCUCCUUUAUCCACCUUUUUCAGAUCAUCUCCUGAAGACAGCCCUAUUAUUCCCGAAACACAGGUACUCCAUGAAGAAACUACAAUCCCAGGAACAGAUCUGAAACUUUCCUACUUGAGUUCCAGAGCUGCAGGCUAUAAGUCAGUUCUCAAGAUCACCAUGACCCAGUCUAUUAUACCGUUUAAUUUAAUGAAGGUUCACCUUAUGGUGGCUGUCGUCGGAAGACUCUUUCAGAAGUGGUUUCCUGCCUCGCCAAACUUGGCCUACACUUUUAUAUGGGAUAAAACAGAUGCGUAUAAUCAAAAGGUCUAUGGUCUAUCUGAAGCUGUUGUUUCAGUUGGAUAUGAAUACGAGUCAUGUCUGGACUUGACUCUGUGGGAAAAGAGGACCGCCAUUUUACAAGGCUAUGAAUUAGACGCUUCCAACAUGGGUGGUUGGACAUUAGAUAAACAUCAUGUGUUGGACGUUCAGAAUGGUAUACUGUACAAGGGAAAUGGGGAGAACCAGUUUAUCUCCCAACAGCCUCCGGUCGUCAGUAGCAUCAUGGGCAACGGCCGCAGGCGCAGCAUCUCGUGCCCGAGCUGCAAUGGUCAAGCCGAUGGCAAUAAGCUAUUGGCUCCAGUCGCGUUAGCUUGUGGGAUCGAUGGCAGUCUGUAUGUAGGGGAUUUCAACUACGUUCGCCGAAUAUUCCCUUCUGGAAACGUAACAAGCGUUUUGGAACUCAGCAGCAACCCAGCUCAUAGAUACUACCUUGCGACUGAUCCCGUCACAGGAAAUCUGUAUGUUUCUGACACUAACACCCGCAGAAUUUAUCGCCCAAAGUCACUGACGGGUACAAAAGAUUUGACUAAAAAUGCUGAAGUGGUUGCAGGGACGGGGGAGCAGUGCCUUCCAUUUGAUGAAGCCAGAUGUGGAGAUGGAGGGAAGGCUGUGGAGGCGACACUCAUGAGUCCCAAAGGAAUGGCAAUUGAUAAGAACGGAUUAAUCUACUUUGUUGAUGGAACCAUGAUCAGAAAAGUUGAUCAAAACGGGAUCAUAUCAACUCUCCUGGGCUCUAACGAUCUGACUUCAGCCAGACCCUUAACUUGUGACACCAGCAUGCACAUCAGCCAGGUACGUCUGGAAUGGCCCACUGACCUCGCCAUUAACCCCAUGGAUAACUCCAUUUACGUCCUGGAUAAUAACGUAGUUCUGCAGAUCACUGAGAAUCGCCAAGUGCGCAUUGCUGCGGGACGGCCCAUGCACUGCCAAGUUCCAGGCGUGGAAUAUUCUGUGGGGAAGCACGCGGUUCAGACAACUCUGGAAUCGGCGACCGCCAUCGCGGUGUCGUACAGUGGGGUCCUGUACAUUACUGAAACCGAUGAGAAGAAGAUUAACCGAAUCCGGCAGGUCACCACAGACGGGGAGAUCUCCCUGGUGGCGGGAAUACCUUCAGAGUGUGACUGCAAAAACGACGCCAACUGUGACUGUUACCAGAGUGGAGAUGGCUACGCCAAAGACGCCAAGCUCAGCGCGCCGUCCUCCCUGGCCGCUUCCCCGGAUGGCACCCUGUAUAUCGCGGACCUGGGGAAUAUCCGGAUCCGGGCCGUGUCCAAGAACAAGCCUUUCCUUAACUCCAUGAACUUUUAUGAAGUUGCCUCCCCAACUGACCAGGAACUCUAUAUCUUUGACAUCAAUGGCACCCACCAGUAUACUGUAAGUUUGGUCACUGGUGAUUACCUGUACAAUUUUAGCUACAGCAACGAUAACGAUAUUACUGCUGUGACAGACAGCAAUGGCAACACCCUCAGGAUUAGACGGGACCCGAAUCGGAUGCCAGUUCGGGUGGUGUCUCCAGAUAACCAAGUGAUAUGGUUGACGAUAGGAACCAAUGGAUGUUUGAAAAGCAUGACUGCCCAAGGACUAGAAUUAGUUUUGUUUACAUACCAUGGCAACAGUGGCCUGUUAGCCACAAAAAGUGAUGAAACUGGGUGGACAACGUUUUUUGACUAUGACAGCGAAGGUCGCCUGACCAAUGUUACCUUUCCAACGGGAGUGGUCACAAACCUCCAUGGAGACAUGGACAAGGCCAUCACGGUGGACAUUGAGUCAUCCAGCCGCGAAGAAGAUGUCAGCAUCACCUCAAAUCUGUCUUCAAUCGACUCCUUCUACACCAUGGUUCAAGGUAGUGUUUAUUUCGUGAAACAUACAUAUGUUAGAUCAGCCAGUGUCUACUCCCACUUCCAAACCCACCUUCAUUCCAACCUUUCACGGGCAUCAUCAGACCCGUCUCGAGUCACUUUCUCCGUGACCUUCUGCAGUCUUCGGGAGGGCGUCCUCUUCACGGCCAAAUCGACAAACAGCUUCGGGGAGGCGAAAGCCCAGAGUCACGCUGCCUGUAGACCCUGUCAGGUUAAUGGCAGAAACCUCCUUUCCGUUGACUUUGAUCGAACAACAAAGACAGAAAAGAUCUAUGAUGACCACCGUAAAUUCCUGCUGAGGAUUGCCUACGACACGUCAGGACACCCAACUCUGUGGUUGCCCAGCAGCAAGCUGAUGGCCGUCAACGUCACCUACUCAUCCACUGGUCAAAUUGCCAGCGUCCAGCGGGGAACCACUAGCGAGAAAGUGGAUUAUGACGGCCAGGGGAGGAUCGUGUCUCGGGUCUUCGCUGACGGCAAAACGUGGAGUUACACCUACUUAGAAAAGUCCAUGGUUCUCCUGCUCCACAGCCAGAGGCAGUACAUCUUCGAAUAUGACAUGUGGGACCGGCUGUCGGCCAUCACCAUGCCGAGCGUGGCUCGCCACACCAUGCAGACCAUCCGGUCCAUUGGCUACUACCGCAACAUAUACAACCCCCCAGAAAGCAACGCCUCCGUCAUCACGGACUACAAUGAGGAAGGGCUCCUUCUGCAAACGGCCUUCCUGGGUACGAGUCGGAGGGUCUUGUUCAAGUACAGAAGGCAGACCAGGCUCUCGGAAAUUUUAUAUGAUAGCACGAGAGUCAGCUUUACCUACGAUGAAACAGCGGGCGUCCUGAAAACCGUAAACCUCCAGAGUGAUGGUUUUAUUUGCACCAUUAGAUACAGGCAGAUUGGUCCCCUGAUUGACAGGCAGAUUUUCCGCUUCAGCGAAGACGGGAUGGUAAAUGCGAGAUUUGACUACAGCUAUGACAACAGCUUUCGAGUGACCAGCAUGCAGGGUGUCAUCAACGAGACGCCACUGCCCAUUGAUCUCUAUCAGUUUGAUGACAUUUCUGGCAAAGUUGAGCAGUUCGGAAAAUUUGGAGUUAUAUAUUACGACAUUAACCAGAUCAUCUCCACGGCCGUAAUGACGUACACAAAGCACUUUGACGCCCACGGCCGCAUCAAGGAAAUUCAGUAUGAGAUAUUCAGAUCCCUCAUGUACUGGAUUACGAUUCAAUAUGAUAACAUGGGUCGGGUAACCAAAAGAGAAAUUAAAAUAGGGCCCUUUGCCAACACUACCAAAUACGCUUACGAAUACGAUGUUGAUGGGCAGCUCCAGACGGUUUAUCUGAAUGAAAAGAUCAUGUGGCGUUACAACUAUGACCUGAACGGAAACCUCCAUCUGCUGAACCCGAGCAGCAGUGCGCGUCUGACGCCUCUUCGCUAUGACCUGCGAGACAGAAUCACUCGACUGGGGGAUGUUCAGUACCGGCUGGAUGAAGAUGGGUUCCUGCGUCAGCGAGGCACAGAGAUCUUCGAGUACAGCUCCAAGGGGCUUCUGACUCGUGUUUACAGCAAAGGCAGCGGCUGGACCGUGAUCUAUCGUUACGAUGGCCUGGGAAGGCGUGUAUCUAGCAAAACCAGUCUGGGACAGCACCUGCAGUUUUUUUAUGCGGACUUAACCUAUCCCACUAGGAUUACUCACGUCUACAACCAUUCCAGCUCAGAAAUCACUUCUCUCUAUUAUGAUCUCCAAGGACAUCUUUUUGCCAUGGAAAUCAGCAGUGGGGAUGAAUUCUACAUUGCGUCAGAUAACACAGGGACACCCUUGGCCGUUUUCAGUAGCAAUGGGCUUAUGCUAAAACAGAUUCAGUAUACUGCAUAUGGCGAAAUCUAUUUUGAUUCCAAUAUUGACUUUCAGCUGGUAAUUGGAUUUCAUGGUGGCUUAUAUGACCCACUCACAAAAUUAAUCCACUUUGGGGAAAGAGAUUAUGAUAUUUUGGCAGGACGAUGGACGACGCCUGACAUAGAAAUCUGGAAGAGAAUUGGGAAGGACCCAGCUCCUUUUAACCUCUACAUGUUUAGGAAUAAUAACCCUGCAAGCAAAAUCCAUGAUGUGAAAGAUUACAUCACAGAUGUUAACAGCUGGCUGGUGACAUUUGGCUUCCACUUGCACAAUGCUAUUCCUGGAUUCCCCGUUCCCAAAUUUGAUUUAACGGAGCCUUCUUACGAACUUGUGAAGAGUCAGCAGUGGGAGGAUGUGCCGGGUCGACCUGUAGCGGGAGAGAGGGGGGAGGGGCUGGGGUUGACAAGUGCGGCUGCAACGCGCAGAGAAGAUGCUCUCCCGGAAGGAGAGUCGUGCUCAGGGCCCUCGGGGAAGCCGGGAAGCUCAGGGCCCGUGGGAGGGAGCGGAGGAAAGAGCGUCCUUCCGUUAGUGCGGCUGCCCCGGCACUUUCGGGAAGGGCUCCAGCGCCCCCUAGUGCUGCGCAUCGUUGGUGAAGACCGUGACCGAAGCCCCAGCCGCGGCGCCCAGACCGGAAACGAAGAGGCAGCCACCCCUCCCCCGUCCCCCUCUUCUCCCUGCAAUUCCCCGGAGAGGCAGCACGGCUGGGAGAAAGCUCGGAGCGGCGGAGAACCGCCUGUUAGUCCGGACUCGGCCCGGUCCAGCACAAGGUCAGAAACCCACCGCACAGGCAGUGGGGGUGAGUGCACGGGGCACCAGCCCGGGCAGGGCUGGGCUGCUGAGUGCCCGUCAUCAGGAUCACUGCCAAUGGUGCAGGUGCAUGAUGGCCCCCACGACAGGAGUCUCGGACAUGUGGCCCCCGGGCUUCCUUCAAGGCUUUUGCCACCCCCACCGGGCUGGGAACUGGCCCGAGACCCAAGGCUGGACCGCAGGAGCUGGGGCCGUAAUCCCAGUCUGCCUCAGUACGAUGUCUGUGCCCCUCCCAAGCACCUGGCUGCACUUGACAUCCAGGCUCCGAGGUCACUGUUCGAGGCCCCAAGCCUCUUCCGGUCCCCGCCCACCCCCUCGAGGCCACGACGUGCUGGACACAUCCUGAGACCCAGCUAA